AAGAAGACUGAGUUCAAAGUUCACCCGGAAGUCAGUGUCGUACAUGUGUGGUGUGACAACAGGAGCAACAUUGCACAUUAAAUAUACUAAAACUCAGUGUCAGGAGAGCCCAGUUUUCUAAAGAAGUCACCAUGGCCUCCUACACUUGCAUCAGCUGCCGAGUAGCAUUUGCAGAUGGCGAGGUGCAGCGAGCUCACUACAAAACCGACUGGCACCGUUACAACCUGAAGCGUAAGGUGGCUGACAUGCCCCCCGUCACCGCCGAAAACUUCCAGGAGCGCGUCCUGGCACAGCGAGCUGCUACAGAGCAGCAGCUGAUGGAUGCAGCGGUCACAGAGGGCUGCUCAGUCUGCAACAAGAAGUUCUCCACUGCCAACGCUUACCAGAACCACCUUCAGUCCCACAAGCACCAGCAGGCCGAGAAGCAGUCCCUGCUCGCAGCCCAGAGGAAGGUGGAGAAGAUGAACGAGAAGAAUCUGGAGAAGGGACUCAAUGAUGAAAAGGUAGAUCACGAUGCGAGGAACGAGGCGCUGCAGCAGGCCCUGAAAGAGCAGCAGAGGCCAAGUCCAGCCAAGCAGGUGGCGGUCCAGACCUCACAGGGAGCGGCAAAGCAAAGGGCGGAGAAGCCAGAGAAACCACCCAGGUUGAUGUGGCUGGAGGAGCAAGCCAAGAGGCGAGACAGAGAGGAGGGGGCAACAGCCGAGGAAGAAGAGUGGGAGGAUGUUGAUGAGGAAGAGGAUGAUGAGAUGGAUGAGGAUGCUGAUGAGGAGGAGAUGAUGGAUCAGGAAGAAGGUGAAUCAGCUGCUUCCGCUGAGACCAACCUUGCAUCUCUACCAGGGUCCAUUCCCGUCACAGACUGCCUCUUCUGCCCCCACCACUCAAAGUCGCUCCUAAAGAACGUCGCUCACAUGACCAAAGUCCACAGUUUCUUCAUCCCUGAUGUGGAGUUCCUCGUCGACCUAAGAGGCCUCAUCCGUUACCUCGGAGAGAAAGUUGGUGCAGGGAACGUGUGUUUAUGGUGCAACGAGAAGGGCCGUUCGUUUUAUUCAACAGAAGCAGUGCAGAGUCACAUGACAGACAAAAGCCACUGCAAACUCUUCACAGAUGGAGAUGCUGCCCUGGAGUUUGCAGACUUUUAUGAUUUCAGGAGCAGCUACCCUGACAGAAAGGAGGGAGAGGAUGAAGAAAUGAAUGAUGAAGAGUUGCCCGAUGACAAGAACCUGGAGUAUGACGAUGAGACGCUGGAGCUGACUCUCCCUUCAGGUGCUAAGAUCGGCCACCGCUCCCUCAUGAGGUACUACAAGCAGCGGUUUGGACUCCAACGAACGGUGGCUCUGGUCCACAAUAAGAACGCCGUGGGCAGAGUCCUCCGACAGUACAAAGCCCUCGGCUGGGACGGAGAUACAGGCAUCGGCUCCUUGCAUCAGAAACAGAAAGACAUGCAGUACGUUCAGAGGAUGAAGUCCAGGUGGAUGCUGAAGUUGGGAAUGAGCCACAACGCCACCAAGCAGAAGCACUUCAGAGCCCAAGUCAUGUUCUAACCUCAGACCGGUGGGCUGUGAAUCUGAGACGUCUUCGAUAACUUCCAGCCAAUCAGGAAGAAGCUGCGACUGCUUUCUGAGGACGUGUCGGUCGCCUUGGACACUUACCUGUGUUGUGUUUACAGCUGUGCAGUUAAAUGUAUUGAAGGUUUAACAACAACACAGAAAACCUGGAUGUUUGUUUCUAAAUGAGGAUCAGUUGCUUUAUCCUUAUUUUCCCAUUAAAAUCUCAGUAAUUCUGCACCUUUGUGGGAAACUCAGCUGAUAAUAGAAUAAUUUCACUACAGACAUAAACAGCUAGAUGGAGAUCAGCAGCAUAAAUCACAUUUAUGAAACAGAUGAAGUUGACUUACGGUUUGACAUAAUAUUUAAUAAAGUCUGAGAGAAUUUUAUCAUUUAACACAAUUGCAAAAAACUGAUAAAUAAAUGUGAUUCAUAUUUAUUGUCUAGUUAUUGGCUGUUUUAAUAUCUCACGGCAAGAGUCUGAACUGUCUGUUGUGCCACUUUCAUGAAAAUGAAGACAUUUCUUAAAAUUUAGCACAAAACUUCCUUAACUCGAGGAUGGUUUUGUUUAAGAUUUGGUAGUGAGAAGUCGCACAAAUCGCAUGAAACAGCCAAAAACAAACUUUUGGCUACAAUUCCAUAAAUGAUUCGGCUGUUUUGGCCAAAUUUAAGAAAAAUUACACAGGCUGAAAGUUUCAUUCAUGUUAAAGGUAGCGAGUCACAAUUAUUGUACAUUAAUUUCACAACACUAAAUGUGUAAAAUCAGAAACAGUCCUUAUAAGUCUUUUAAGUUUUAUUUAUUUCUAUCUUUUGAUGCCAACAUAAUAAAUUAAUAUAAAAAUGUGACAUUAA